GGAAACACUGUGACAUCGAGUACAACGAGUGCCAGUCCAACCCAUGUAAGAACUCGGGGUUCUGUGUAGACAAGGUCAACGACUUUGAGUGCGAGUGUGGGCCAGGAUACAGGGGCAAGGAUUGUUCUGAGAAGGUGGACCUGUGUUCCCCCAACCCUUGCCAAAAGGGAUCCAUGUGUUUUGAUCAUGGAAAUUAUUUCAGCUGUAAAUGUCAUGCAGGAUUUGCAGGCCACCAGUGUGAGAUUGACAUCAAUGAAUGUGACUCGUCACCCUGUAAAAAUGGCGGCAAAUGUCAUGAUAAAGUGAAUGGCUUCUUCUGUGACUGCCCUGCAGGCUAUGUUGGUACACGGUGCCAAACCAAAGAAAACUCACAAGACAAACCGCUGUCUGAUGUCACUCACUCAAGUCAUUCCUCCCGCAGUGUGGAGCAUGUGCACUCCACCAACCUGUACAUUAUAGUGGGAACCUCCAGCGGUACCAUGCUGAUGGUGCUCCUGGUCCUGGCAGGGUGCUACUGCCACACACACUGGCCUGAGAGGAACUUCUGGCCCAGAAAAUACAGUGAAUAUCAAAGUGUUGGAGACAAGACCAGUCAAGAUCUCAGCAGUAUUCUCACCCCUGGACCUUCCCAUGAUGCCAUUUAUGAAGCCAAUGCAUUGGACUACUCAGAUAGUACGCUAAAUUCACCGAUUGCCAACUCUCUCAAACCAAAGAGAGUUUAGAUGAAGAUAUUCAGUAUAUUCAGAGAUGUGGCGCACAGGUGGCUUUUGCCCCUCUCUAUCCCCUCUUUAAGCUUCUCUGAAAAUGCCAUUUACAAUGCUACAGAACUACAUGGAACUUAUUGUUUUGGAAUAUAUUUUUGCUGUCCCCUCUCCUUCUUUCUCUCGAUACUUGUUAAAUUGAUUUGCUUUUGAUGUACUGUACUGGAUAGAUAUUUUAUAAACUUUUGUUGAUUUUUUUAAAAUUAUUAUUUUUAGUGCUUAAAUGGAAAGGGGUUUUAUGUGACUGUAUAGAUUUACUUGAUUUAAAUUACACAGGUCACUGUUUAAUUAUGUAAACUGGACUUAAGCCUGUAUGUAUUAGUAUGGAAGAAGUCUAUAAAUUGCAGUUAUACAAAAUAUUAUUUAAUUAUAUGAGAACAAUAUCACAGUUAUACAACCUGACAUUUUUUCUAGAAAACUUGCAUAUUACUUGGUGAUAUUUUUUCCUCUUUUUUCAAGCUGUCUGUUGCUUUUUCUGAUACUUAAACAAAAUUAAUUUUUUAUGACAGAAUAACUUGAAUUUUUCAACUGUACACAAGGGUUAUGUUGCUUUUUAUGUAUAUAUACUGAAUAAUAGUGAAAAUGUGAUAAAA